AUGAGGUCCAUUGUUACUCUCUUGCUAACACAGGCCAUACUAAGCGUAGCUGAUCUUGAAAAGAUCACCGUCAAGAAAAUUCGACAUGCGCUUCAAGAAUUGUUUUCGGUAGAUUUACAGCCAAACAAAAAGGCCAUCAAUGACGUUAUAUUGAACAGGUAUUACGAUCUUGUCAGCAGGAGGUCCCAGGAGAAUGAUAGUGAGGAGGAUAGAAAGGCAGAAAUCAUAAAACAAGAUGAAAUAAUGGCGCAAAAGCUUCAAGGUGAAAUGCUGUCACGGACUCCAGGGCGGCGAAAAGCUGCUCCAAAACGAAAGAAUUCCACCACAAACAACUCAGGUGCCACGAAACCGCCUUCUAAGACGGGUUUCAACCGAGAAAUGGCACUUUCGAGUCAACUUCAAGAAGUGAUAGGAGAAGAAAAGUGCUCUCGGCCACGAGUGGUGAAGUUAUUGUGGGCGUAUAUCAAGGAUAGGGAUCUUCAGAACCCACAGGAUAAACGGCAGAUCAACUGCGAUGAAAAGUUGACAGCAUUGUUCAAAAAGAGUAAGUUAUCUUGA